GUGACCAUGGCCUUGCUAGGGAAGCGCUGUGACCUCCCUGCUAACGGCUGCGGGUCUGACCACUGGAACUCAGCCUUCGCCCGCAAAGACGAGAUCAUCACCAGCCUCCUGUCUGCCUUAGACUCCAUGUGCUCCGCGCUGUCCAAGCUGAAUGCUGAAGUGGCCUGCAUCGCCGUGCAUGAUGACAGCGCCUUCGUGGUGGGCACUGCCAAGGGCCGGAUGUUUCUGAGUGCGAGGAAGGAGCUGCAGCCAGACUUCCUCAGGUUCUGCCGAGGGUCCCUGUGGAAGGAUGCAGAGGCAGAGUACCCCAAGAAGGUGCUGCGGGGUGAGGGCAGCGGUCGAAGCGCCCCCCGGUCCUCCCUGGAGCACGGCUCAGACGUGUACCUGCUGCGCAAAAUGGUGGAGGAGGUGUUCGACGUCCUCUAUAGUGAGGCCCUGGGCACGGCCAACGUGGUACCGUUGCCCUAUGAGCGGCUACUGCGGGAGCCAGGCCUGCUGGCCGUGCAGGGGCUGCCCGAGGGCCUGGCCUUCUGCCGGCCAGCUGAGUAUGACCCCAAGGCGCUCAUGGCCAUCCUGGAACAUAGCCAUCGUAUCCGCUUCAAGCUCAAGAGGCCUCUUGAGGAUGGCGGGCAGGACUCUAAGGCCCUGGUGGAGCUGAACGGUGUCUCCCUGCUGCCCAAAACAUCCCGGGACUGCAGCCUGCACAGCCAGGCCCCCAAGGUGCACCCCCAGGACCUACCCCCCAGCGCCGCCACCUCCUCCAUGGCCAGCUUCCUCUACAGCCCCGGCCUGCCUGGCCACACCAUCAUCCGCGAGCUCAAGCAGGAGCCUGUCGCCUGUCCCCUUGCCUCUGGCGACCUGGGUCUGGGCCUGCCAGUGCCUGAACCCAAGGCCUCCAGUGCCCAGGACUUCUCCGACUGCUGUGGACAGAAGCCCACAGGACCCACUGGACCUCUCAUUCAGAACGUCCACGCCUCCAAGCGUAUUCUGUUCUCCAUUGUUCACGACAAGUCAGAGAAGUGGGACGCCUUCAUCAAGGACACGGAGGACAUCAACACGCUGCGGGAAUGCGUGCAAAUCCUGUUCAACAGCAGAUAUGCGGAAGCCUUGGGUCUGGACCACAUGGUCCCCGUGCCCUAUAGGAAAAUUGCCUGUGACCCAGAGGCCGUGGAGAUCGUGGGCAUCCCAGACAAGAUCCCCUUCAAGCGCCCCUGCACUUAUGGGGUCCCCAAGCUGAAGCGGAUCCUGGAGGAGCGACAUAGCAUCCACUUUGUCAUAAAGAGGAUGUUCGAUGAACGGAUUUUCACAGGGAACAAGUUUACCAAAGAUGCCACAAAGCUGGAGCCAGCCAGCCCACCCGAGGACACCUCCACAGAGGGAUCCAGGGCUGCCAUUCUCAACCUGGCCACCACCACCUGGUCAGACAAAGGCAGUGUCUCUGAAGACUUCGGGGCAGGAACUUCCGGGGAACCGAGCAUGCUGCGGCCAAUCAAAAUUGAGCCUGAGGACCUGGACAUCAUUCAGGUCACCAUCCCAGACCCUUCACCAGCCUCCGAGGAGAUGACGGACUCGCUGCCGGAUCAUUUGCCCUCUGAGGACUCCGGCUACGGCAUGGAAAUGGCGGCCGACAAAGGACCCACCGAGGAUCCACGGCCAGAGGAGCGGCCCGUGGAGGACAGCCACGGCGAUGUGAUCCGGCCGCUGCGGAAACAGGUGGAGCUACUCUUCAACACGCGAUACGCUGAGGCCAUUGGCAUCUCAGAACCAGUCAAGGUGCCCUACUCCAAGUUCUUGAUGCACCCCGAGGAGCUGUUCGUGGUGGGGCUGCCAGAGGGCAUCUCCUUGCGCCGACCCAACUGCUUCGGCAUCGCCAAGCUGCGCAAGAUCCUGGAGGCCAGCAACAGCAUCCAGUUCAUCAUCAAGAGGCCAGAGCUGCUCACCGAGGGUGUCAAGGAGCCUGUCACUGACAGUCAAGAGAGGGACUCCAGGGACCCCCUUGUGGACGAGAGCCCAAGGAGACAGGGCUUCCCAGAAAAUUACGAUGCCAGACUGUCCCGGAUCGACAUCGCCAACACACUGCGGGAGCAGGUCCAGGACCUGUUCAAUAAGAAAUAUGGGGAAGCCUUGGGUAUCAAGUACCCAGUGCAGGUGCCCUACAAGCGGAUCAAGAGCAAUCCUGGCUCGGUGAUCAUCGAGGGGCUGCCCCCAGGAAUCCCCUUCCGGAAGCCGUGCACCUUUGGCUCCCAGAAUCUGGAGCGGAUCCUUGCAGUGGCUGACAAGAUCAAGUUCACCGUUACCAGGCCAUUCCAAGGACUCAUCCCUAAGCCAGCCCCUGGAAGGCUCAGGCUGGAGGAUCACCACAAGUUCAAGACCUGCCUGGUGUACACAGUGAGACAUUGUCUCAAAAAGAAAAAAAGAAAAGUUGAAAUAAGACAAAAGGAAUGCAUAUAUAUCAGCCCACAGGAAAAAUUCGCAAAAUACAGAACUCUUAACAAUCCAGAUGGCUUUUCCUUUGUACAAUACAUUUCUUCCAGAUUUGCCCCAAACUUAAUUAAUUUUAUUUCUCACUGUUGUUGCUUCUGUAAAUUUAUGCAACACACUUAACCUUAAAACACAAACGUGUCCCUGCGUCCUUAAAAUGCUUUCUAACUCUCCCUCCCUGGGCUUCACUGCCUCCCUGCCUGAGCUGACUAGGUCACCAACCUCCCCGGAAGAAAGUAAGGCUCAGAGAGGGGAAGGAGCCCUCUCACAGCUGCACAGCAUGUUAUAAAGGAUGAUUGAGAUUUGAACCGAGGUCUCCCGUGUUUUACUAGUAUAAAAGGCUGGCUGUCCCAGGGCCCAGGCUGGGGUCCAUCCCAGGAUAGUGGGGCCACGCCCUGGUGCCUGCCUCCUUCCCCAUCCAGCUCAGUGGCUUUUUGGCACCCUCUCCUGGCCAGAGGCUUCAACAACGUUGGUCCUGUCUGGACUUCUUAGAUUGUUCAUCCUUUGGUUCAUUAUUCGCCCAACAAAACCGUACUGAGUGCAUACUGUGGGCCAGAUGAGAUACCCGCAGCUGGACUGAGAUCUCUGCCCUCAAGAUGCUUACGUUCCCAUGGAGGGUAUGGCUAAAGAGGAAGCAGAACACCCUAUUUCAUAGUGACAAGUGCUGCAGAGCUGAGACAGGACAAUCUCAUGGAGGCCACCAGGAGUCUGAGCUGCAGACAGGGAGGGCAUGGGCAGAAAGUGCCAGGGGAAAAGCUGGGCCACAGCUCAGUGACAAGCACCUGCCUGGCGUGCACAGGACCCUAGAUUCUACCAUCACCACCCCACGCAGCACCGCAGAACAAAGUGAGAACAAAACCCCCAUAGCAAAGCCGGGGUCAGUCAGAGCCAAAGCCCUGGAUGUAUUGUGAAAGUGGUGCAGGCACGUGUGGCAGCGCGUGCCUAUAAUCCCAUGCCUGGGAGGCUGAGAAAGGAGGAUUGCCAUGAGUUCAAGGACAGCCUGAACUCCAAAAAAGAGCUAGUGUGAAGGACAUGGGAGGAGGGAGAAAGAGGGCAAGGCUGCACUAGGAUUUUGUCCUGAGCAGCUGACAGAGUCUGUGCCUUGUGAUGGGGACAGGUCUGAAUGGUGGGUCAGACAGUUAGUUCACUCUGCAACUAAGGAACUCCUGCCGGAGACUGGGCACCAUCCUGUAUGGAAAGGAUUUGAUUUAGAUGCUGGGUCACCCGAGGGUGAGCCCCAAGGGCCCCAAAGGUGACACCUGUGAGGUAAGGCUGAGGCCCCAGGGCGGGUCUGAGGGCUGAUCACUGUCACUGGUUCGGUCCACAACCCCUGAGGCCAGACGGGGAUCCGGCAGUGCAGAGGUGGCCGUGGCAGCGCUGGGAUGAGCCGUUUAGGGGAGAAGAUGGGAGAGGACCUGUAGGACCUGCCGGGAGCAGCUCACCUUUCAGCAAUCAAAGCUGGAGAGGGGAUGGGUAGGGGAAUCGGCAGGGUCUCCAGGCCAUGUACAGGAGGUCCUCAUGAGGAUGAAGCACAGAGGGCAAGCUGAGAAAAUGAAAGGGAUGUGUGAAGCCAGGCCCGGUGGUGCACACCUGUAACCUCGUACUUUGAGCAGCUGAGGCAGGAGGAUUGCAGGUUGGAACCCAGCCUGGGGUGACUUAGCCAGGCCCUGUCUCAAAAUAUAAUAAAGGGCUGGGGCAAAGGCCCUGGGUUCCAUCCCCAGUACCACAAAACAGAAACAGGUGACAGAGACCACAGAAGGGCUGACACUUUCAGUCACCCAGAGGCUUAGGACACAGCUAGAGAGGAGAGGUCAGGGGCUGCAUGUGCACAGCUGAAACCUAGCAGACGGACUGGAGCAUGGUUAUUUUCCGCAGCCAGGCCAAGGCUGCCUGCAAGUUCAACCUGCCCUUGGCAAAGAGUAGCCCUUGUGCCCAGAGAUCCAACUCUGCGGACAACCAUGUGCAUCGGGGGUCCAGGGUUGUCCUGCCCAGGAGCUAGCAUCCCCCAGCCAGGACCAGGAGAUGACACAGAAUGUGACCACUCCAGUGCUCACUGGGGAUCCACGUGCCAGCCUGGUGCUGGGCACAUCAGCAACCAGGAGGGACUUCGAGGGUGCUAUUUCCUAUUUUGCACCUGAGCAAACCAAGCCUCCAAGAGGCAGCAGCACAUAGCAGCCUGAGCCCCAAAUCACACCAAGGUCCCCAAAUGCUGGACAGUGGUGGCCAGCCCACGCAAGCUGCCAAGAUUCAACCUGGUCGUCGCUGAAAAACUAGCUUAUUUUGGGGCAUUGGAGGGUUUUUUUAGUCCAUCAAAUGAUACAGUGUGAUCUGCAUUAUUCUGUGGUUACCAUGGUGACCACACAUCCGUACCCUGAGGAGAGACAGAAGGGAAGCUGGGGGAGCAGGGCCCAAGGAGGGGCUGCUGGUCCCCAAGACUGUGUCUGGGACCAGUGGGCCCCGACUAGAGCCAUGCUCCAGGGGUCCCUGGGGGAACAGAGGCACUGGAGCUGGGGAGAGUGACCCCCAUGGGUCAGGGCAGUGGUUUUCAGGGCUGGGGUGGCGGUGUCAGUGGUAGACCCUGUGUGGGCACAAAGCCUCGGGUGUGACCGAAGAGAAACAAAAGCCCUUGUGGGCAACCAUGAGAGCAAAGCAGGAAGCAGCAUUCUAGGGCUUGAAUAGCGAAAGUGGGGGAAAAAAAAAAAGACUAGUAUGAGAAGGUGGGAGGUGUUUAAGCCAGAGGUGAGUGGCCUUGCAUCAGGAAGCCCACUGGCUGCUCUGAAGAUGACAAAGGGCUUCUUGAGGUGGCUUUGUGUGUGUCUAAGGCUGGUGACCCACACACACAGCUGUGCCACAUGGCAGGAGGGACCCCAGAGCCAGGCCCCCAGCAGGCUGAGCAGAGCUGCGGCUUCCUGUAUGAUUCCAGCAAGUUGAAUUUGCUUGUUUGGGCCUCAGUUUCCUUCCUUAGAAAGUGGGCAGAGUUGCGGGCACCAUGUCUCCUGCCCCAGGCCCGCCCUGCUCAGAAGUGGAAAGGCGGCCAGGCCAUGGCGUGAGGGCCUGGAAGGCCCAGCUUUGCAGUGUGGACUGCACCCUGCAGACCUGGCCUUAGCAAACUCUCACACUGAUGACCCCGUGGCAGGAGCCUGAGCACCAUGGGGACUGGGCCAACCAAGGAGCCCUGCAGGCCACCCCAGAACCUCCACUUCUGCUCUGUGCAGAGCAAAGCCAGGGAUUGCAUCCCCUUCGUGCCCCCAGCAUUGUCUGGUCCUACUGGCAGAGGCGCAAGUGGCACAGACCUCAGCAGUCCCUUCUGCCUAUCUGUCCCCGCUGUGGGGUCUCUGAACCUCUUAGGUGCUGGGUGGCGUGGGCUUCGGGGAGGGGACCUGAGCAGGACCAGGAUCCCAGUUGGGUUGACGCCUUAGGGGUGGAGGUUGAACAGGACUGGGAUAGGCCCCUUUCGCCCCCAUAGGAUCUCAUUCUGCCAUUUCUGAACUGGGUGAUCCUGGAUAAGUUGACUUACUAUCUAUGAUCCUGGAUGAGUUAACUUCCUGUCUGUGAUCUUGGAUAAGUUACCAUCUGUCUCUGGGUGUCCAUUUCUCGAGGAUCCAAGGAACAGUGAUAUUUCCCACAGUGCCUCCUUCCCUUCUCGCUUCCACUGCCCAAGCUCUGAGGGUCAUUUGUCCCCAGUCACAAACUGCCCUCUGGGCUCUGCCUUCCUGCCCCAGCCUCCCCACCCCGUCCACCUUCGACUCUGUCAUGUUCUUGAGAGCUCAAAAUAAACCUGUCCUUUCCCAGCUUCUAAAGAUGCCCCAACCAGCAUCAGCCACAUGUUCACCUCAUUAUCUCCACUGUUCUUCGUUAAUUAGGCUGCAGUAAUGAUCUGUCUCCCAGGAAGAGCUGGCAUCUGCCAGGUGGGGUGGGGCCUCUGGGCAGCAGACACCUGGCUGCCAGGCCUGGGUUUGGCAUGGCGCCUGCUUUCUUCUGAGGCCACGGGCACAGAGGUAGGGGGAUUCUGUCCUUUACCUGGCCCAUAGGGCUCAGCAGAGAAUAAGAGGAGCCUCAGGUUAGGGGUGCUUUAUACUGUGGCAUUCCAGGCCCAAGCUACCUGAGAUGUAGGUGCGACCACAGGCACAGUGCUUACAGCCUCAGGAGAAGGAGUCUGGUAGCAAAGCUAGGGAUGGGGACGUUCAAGACAGUGCUCCAAGAGCCCCCGGGCCGGGUCCUGGAGCACAAGGCCCAGGGCAAGUAUGGACAGAGUCAUCAACCAGUCUGCCAAGCACAUAAAAUGUGUCAAGUUGGGGGAGGGAUAUUAGUGGCUGUUGUCGUGUUUUGUAGUGCUGAGGAUGGAACCCCCGGGUCUCGAAUAUGUCAUUCAAGCACUAACCUCCAAGCUACCUGCCUGGCCCCAGAUUUCAGCCAAGUGCUGCUACUGAGUCUGGGAGGCCUUGAGUGAAGGGGGCAGUGCUGAGCUGGGCAGGUGGGAAGCACAGUAGGCAGAUGGCAGGCAUCCCUGAGGCCGCCUUCAAAGGGGUCAGUGGGGGCAGCAGAUGAGGCCAAACUGGGGAGGGAUAGUGGAGCCCAGCCGGGCUGGACAUGGAAAACCAGGGUGGCUCUGAGCAGGAGUGGGGGCUCCAGCUUGAGUUUUCAGGGGACCUCUGGGGCAGUUGGGCAAAGGCAGAUGGGGUGGGAGGGGCUGGUGGCAGCCAGGCAGUGAGUCACUGCCUUUAGGUGCAUCUGGUCACCAAUGCCAGGACUGGCAGAAUGUGCUGCUGUGGGCUGGGAAAGAGCAGGAGCCAAGUUUGACCUCCGCAGUUCCAGCUGAACUUGCUGACAAGGGGCAGUUGGCUGAGACAGGAGGGUGCGGGCCUGGGGAGUGGUGGAGUCAGGCGCUUGGCUUGGGGUGCCCAUCAGGGUUCAUCCAGUAGUUCAGUGCACACCUCAGCAUUUAGGGGGAGGCCCAGGCUCAGGGAAUAAUGAGAACCAAAGGAUGGGUGUGCAGGAGCAAGGAGAUUCUGGGUCUGGGCUUUGCUUGGCAUCACUUUAUUUUUUGAGACAGUAUCUUGCUGUGUUGCUCAGGCAAGACUCAAAUUUGUGAUCUUGCCUCAGCUCCGAGUGCUGGGAUGACAGGCAUGUGCCACCACACCCGGCUUCAGUUCUCCGAAGCACCUCCUCCAGCCUUGGCUCUCAGAGGCCAGCCCUUCCUCCUCUCGCCUCUCCCUCUUAUGAGGGAGAAAUCCUUUUCAUGCCCAGAGUGACCUCCACUCACUGGCCAUCCUUAGCUCAGGGUAGAUCAUUUGCCUGGCUGACACCUCAGCCCACAGGGUGUCCGGCUGGAGUCUGGAGCUGGCUGCUGUCACCUAGACAGUGCAGCCACCCCUUUGCAGGUAGUUCUGCACCCACUCCUCACCACGGCUCUGCCAGUGCCAAGCCCUGGGGCAGCACCAGCCUGGCCACUCAGCUGUAUGGCUAGGACCUCAGGGAGGGGACAGGAGAGGACAGGAAAGGUCUGACCUGUGCAACAAAGCCUGGCUCCUGCCCUGAGUGAGCAGGGACAGUGGACAGUGUCACCUAGUAGCAGAAACUGUUGUGUUUCCUGGGUGUGGUGCCGAUCCCUGGCCCUCACAGGGAAACAGACUCAGAACGUCAGAGCUGGCACCUAGUUGCCCAGCAUGGCCUCCCUAGCUCUGCUGCCUGCAGCUCCCUGGCCCGGAGCCUAACUGUCCUGAGCCCAACAGAGGAGCAGAAAGGGUACAGGGCCUAAGCCUCACCUGUCUCCCACCCUCUCCCGCUCAGACCCAGGCAGGGAUAUCCUUGAGGACACAUUCAUGCCAUGCCUGGCAUGUGGCCAGGCUGGGCCUCCAAGCACUGUAUGAAAACAGAAAGAAGCCAGGAUGUGGUGGCGUAGACCUAUAAUCCCAGCACUCUGGAAGGCUGAGGCAGGAGGAUCGAAAGUUUGAGCCCAGCCUGGCCAACUUGGCAACAGUGAGACCCUCUCUCAAAAGAGAAAAUUUAAAAAGGGCUGGGAUUGUAGCUCAGGGCAGAGUACUAUAUCAGUCCCCAGUACUCCAGCAAGAAAGAAAGGAAGUGGGUGCAGAGGACAGGCUGCCCACCUGCACAGCCCCACACAUCCCCGUCUGUCC